GUCUUUAACAACUGGCUAACGUGAUGCAAGGAGUCACAGCCCACAAUUGUCCUGCAAAGUAUCCUAAUUGUCUCCCAGUGAUUGGCCAUCCAGUAGAGAAAGGGUUAAGAAAGCUACACCUGUCCUGUCAUAGACCUGUCUGCAGGCACCUGUUUCAAGCUCUCAGCCAAUCAGACAUGUCUGGGGCAAAUUUACCUGUCAGCACAAAAAAAACCUCAACACCCAGGUGAGCAUAAAUCAAACACUGCUCUUCCAGGACAUGACUGUUUCAUCUGACUAGCUGCUCUUACAAGUUGUCUGUCUUAAGGAAUCUAAACGGUCUCAUCUGGACGAAGCCAUGACCAAAGAGAUUGACUUGAGGUCUGUGAUGGUUCUUCAGAAUGAUAGCUUAAACUGCCAGAGGUACUCCUACAACAACCAAAUGGAUGCUUACUCAUACGCUGACAACCAGCUGAUGGCUUCGAAUAAGAGGAUGAAACCAAACAGUGAUGACGACAGUAUUGCCCUGAGCUUCUUUUACGACACGUACAACAAGGCCUCAAAAGACCAGAAGAUGUUCCAUUCAAACAGAGGAAAUGGCCUGUACGAGCCAAUUAAAAGGAGUUGCAACGGAGCUGUUCCAGAGCUGACCAACCUGGAGAAUCCAAAUCACCUCAUGAAGUUUCUAGUGCCUGAAAACAUUUCUGCGCCUCAGGAAAUUUCAGAGCUGAAUAAGAAGCCUCAGCUGCUGUGUCUGGAGACGGAGAAAAUGGAGAGGCAGCGCGUCGCUCCCUGCCCUGUCAAGCAGUCGCACUCGGAGGACUUCCUCAUGACUUCCGGCGAAGUGUAUGACAACUCCAUCUUCGACUCCAUCCUGCUCUCGCCACAGCAGAAAUGGGCGGCCGAGACGACUUUUAAAGAAGGUCCCCACGAGCCUCUGCCCUGCAGCGAUUUGUUCGGAGAGCCAACCAGUCCAGUUUACUCCGAAACCUACACCAGCUCUCCUUCAGACAAAUACAGGAAUGAAUUUCAGUACACGCUGGGUACUCCCCAGGCCUCCCAGCACAAAUCCUCUGAGAUUCCAAUGGCCUACCUCAACAAGGGACAGUUCUACCCCAUCACUCUCAAAGCCACAGGAGGAGAGGGCUGUGCAGGGCUCUCGUCCAACAAAGUCAAGACGGUAGUCAUGGCCGUGUUUGAGAAUGAGAAGAACGCAGAGACGCAGCUGAAGUGCUGGAAUCACUGGCAUUCCCGACAGCCUACCGUUAAGCAGCGGGUCAUUGACAUAGCUGACUACAAAGAGGUCUUCAGCGGUGUGAGCAAUGUGGAAGAAGUGGCAUUCAAUGCCUUGUCAUUCAUCUGGAACACCACCGAGGAAGCAAAGGUUUAUGUUGGGAUCAACUGCCUGAGCACAGACUUCUCCUCGCAGAAGGGAGUAAAGGGGCUCCCCCUGAACCUCCAGGUUGACACCUACGACUACGGCACAGGGACCAACCGCCUCAUCCACAGGGCAGCCUGCCAGAUCAAAAUCUUCUGUGACAAAGGGGCAGAGAGGAAGAUGAGAGAUGAAGAUAGAAAGCAGUCAAGAAGGAAGGCCAAAAGCGCAGAUUCUAGUAACAGCGGUGCACAUGGGAAACAGUCAGUGGUGUCAAGUUCAAGUGGCAGCGACUGCACCUAUUUCAAGGCAUUAGAAGACCUCGUCACACAGCCUGUCCUCUUCAUUCCAGAAAUCCACUAUUCCAACAUGCAGAGAUGUGGCCUGGUACUUCCUGUGACUCCAGAGGAGACAGAAAGGGCUUCUCUGAAAAGGAGCUGUCCCCCAUACCCAGACACAUACAGCCCACCUGUCUGCAAGCAGUCCAAGCGCGAGGAACAGCAAAGAGUUCUCCUGUAUGUCCGGAUGGAAUCAGAUGAAGUCUUUGACGCUCUCAUGCUGAACACCCCAACCCUCAAAGGCCUGAAAGAUGCUAUUUCAGAGAAAUACGGCCUGCGGGAAGACGCCAUCGGAAAAAUCUACAAGAAAUGCAAAAGAGGUCACUGUCCCCGAGCACUGUGAGCUGACUUCUUCAGC